UUUUCUGUUGUAUUUUAUUGAGCUUCCUUAAAAUCCAUAUUUGAAAUUCUUUAUCUGUCAUUUCAAUAUUUUCAUUUUGUUUGGUAUCCAUUGCUAGAGAGUUGAGUGCUUGUCCUCAGUUGCCUGUGGGCUGUUCAGACAGGUUGGAUGAUUCUCUCAGUUUGCCUCUGUCCUGCUGUCCUCACCUCGUCCCAGCAGUCUGAAUUGUGUUGGGUCCCCCAGCUUAAUCGUUGAGAUGACAGGUGGUACUUGUAUGAAUUAGGUACACCCUGUUUGAGUUGGAAGAUGCUGUGAUGAACUAUAGAGUUGUUCUCUCCCUGUGAUUGUUUGAGGUUUGUGUGGAAGGGCCAGCUGCUGAAAUGUUCAUUUGUGCUCCUGGCUGGCUCUGGUCCUCCAGGUCUAGUACUUGAGUGCCCCAAGCUUUAGGAGGGAAGCUGUACCUCCCAGGGGGUUGCUUUAUCUCGACCACCACAGCGGUGGGGGGCAGAGCAAGAUAUUUCGUGUCUUGGUGGUGAGAGAUGGAAAAGAAAGGCUUCGCAAAGCCUCAACGGGGCUCAGAAGUUGCUUUUCUGGCCACUAGGGGGCGCCACUGGAAGGAAGGAUGGGACAAGCUUUCCAAACCGGGAAGGGUGUUCAUGGAGGAAGGGUCUAAAUGCUUGUGUGCUAAGGCCCUGGGCUGGGGUCAUUCCACCCUUUUACAGUAGGGCAGUUUUUCUGCUGGGAGGGCUGGGCCCUCUCCAAAAUUGCUGCAGCACACUCCCAUCAGUUCAGUAUGUGUGUGCUCCCUCACCGCUCGAGACCAGUUCUGAAACCCCGUCUGUGUGUCUGACCCACUAGUGUGUCUCCACAGCAUCCCAGCAGGCAGGGAGUUCCCGGAUUGUGCUACCCUGUCCCACUGCAGGUCCUCAAAGGAAGAGGCUCGGGCCUCUUUAUCUGUGGGGAGCUCAGCCAAAAACACACACCUGCUGCCAGAGGGAAGGGGCCACUCCUGAGCUGCUCAGCUCAAACUGCUCUCCCUGUUGUGAUGAGUAGGGGGAGGGGCUGUGGCACAGGUCAGCAGGUGUGCCUGAUUGUGAGGUAUUUGUUGCCAUGGAACCAGAGCCAGGCUGUUCCUCUACAUACUCUCUCAUCACAUAUGUCUGUGCAGGCUUCCUUGCACCUGAGUCCAGCUCCCAGACUUGUCCCUUGCGUUCCUCUGUGCCCAUCUCGUGUCCAGGGGUCACCAGGACUGGCUUGCUUAUCUGAGCCGCUGGCAUUCAACCUUGCAAAAUGCCAGUGGGCAGGGAGUUCCCAAAGUUUCACCCCUGUUCCACCAAAAGUUCUGAAUAGAAGAGGUGUGGGCCCCACCCUUUACGGAGACCUCAGCAUGGGGUGCUGUGUGCGCAUCAGCGAGAGAAGGACCCUGUGGUGUCAGCAGUCACUUCUGCCACUAGGAAAUGGAUCGCACAGGAGUGGGGCCUUUUUCCUGCCCAAGCUGCCAUCACAGACCCACCCCCUUUGUAGUACGGCAUGAAGCCCUAGUCCUCUGCUGCCUUUGCCUCCCAGCGUGAUUUUCAAGUGUAAGAGACUGUGCUGUGCCUGCUGUGUCUAGCUGAGUGCUGGCGAUAACAGGUCCUUCUGCCUGUGGGUGUGGUGGUAGCAGAUGAAGCGGUUGUGCUGAUGCCUUGAAAUGCACAUUCUCAAGAUGCAGCUGCGAUUUGUGCAGAUACCCUCAGCUGAGAAGGAACCUUAGAGAGGCAGAAGGAAGAGGAUGAAAUGGCUGGUUCUCAGGAAUUGUUGACAUUCAAGGAUGUGGCCGUAGAAUUCUCUCUGGAGGAGUGGGCAUGCCUGGACCCUGCUCAGUGGAGUUUGUACAGGGAUGUGAUGUUAGAGAACUACAGAAACCUGUUCUCCCUGGGUCUUGCUGCCUCUAAGCCGUACCUGAUCACCUUUCUGGAACAAAGACAAGAGCUCUGGAAUGUGAAGAGACAUGAGGCAGUAUCCACACACCCAGAUAUAUUUUCUCAUUACACCCAAGGUAUGCAGAAAAAGCAAUGCAUAGAAGCUCCAUUCCAGAAAGUAAUAUUGGGACUAUUUGAGAGUUAUGGCCCUGAAAAUAUACACUUAAAGAAAGACUUGGAAAGUGAGGGUGAGUUUGAAGGACAGAAUGUAUGUUAUGAUGGACAUAAAAAAUGUAGGACAACUACCUGUAAUGAAAACACCAUUGACAGAAAAGAACAAAUACACAAACCAUUUUGGAAUAAAUCUCCAUUUAUUUCAGUUACUUUUGCUGAACCACAUGUCUCUCUAAGUAAAUAUCAAUGUCAACAUUUGGAACAUAAAUUUUAUCAGAAAGAAAAUUUGGAAAAUUUAAAUAGUGAGCUAGGCCAUAUUCAAAAUAACGAUUUGGAUCGAUUGAAAUGUAAAAUUGGGUUAAAUGUUCAGUCAAAUAUUUCUGAAGAUCUGAGAUUUCAAAAUGAAGGGAAGAUUUCUAUAUGUAAUCAAUUUGAUGGGCCAUUUUUUAAAAGUUUAUUACACUUCCACCAAAACCACGCCAAAAUCUACAACUUUGAUCAGUAUGUGAAGGUCUUUACCCAUUCAUCAUUGCUUCAGCAAUAUCCAGGAAUAGAUAAUUGGGAAAGACAUCAUACCUUUAACAAGUCUUCAAUAUCCUGUGGCCAGGGCUCUACCCCAAGGCAUUACCAGGAUAUUUAUCUUGAAGGCAAAAAUUAUCAAUGUCCUAACUCUGAGAAAACCUCUGACCAAGGUUCUUGUCCUAGAAAAUAUCAGAAAAUUCAUUUUCCAGAGAACCAUUGCAAAUGUGAAAAAUGUGACAAAGUCUUUCAUCAACACUCAGAGCUUAUUUUCCAUCAUUGUAUUCAAGUUCAAGAGAAGUCAUAUGAAUGUGAUAACUGUUUAGAAGGUUUUACCCAGUCAUCAAAUAAUAGUCAACAUCAAGGAAUCUAUUUUGGAGUAAACUUAUACAGAUAUAACAAAUGUGAGAAAGCUUUUAGUCAUUCAUCAAAUCUAAAAAAAUAUGAGAUAAUCCAUACUGAAGAGAAACCCUACAAAUGUAGGGAAUGUGGCAAAGCCUUUAAUCAUAGUUCACAUUUGACUGAACAUCAGAGAAUUCAUACUGGAGAGAAACCUUACACAUGUAAAGUAUGCAGCAAAUCUUACACUCAUUCUUCAAGUCUUAUUCAGCAUCAGAGAAUUCACACUGGAGAGAAACCUUACAAAUGUAAUGAAUGUGGCAAAGCCUUUAAUCACAGUUCAAAUCUUACUCAACAUCAAAGAAUUCAUACUGGAGAGAAACCCUACAAAUGUAUAGAAUGUGGCAAAGCCUUUAACCGUAGUUCAGAUCUUACUGAGCACCAAAGAAUUCAUACUGGAGAAAAACCCUACAUAUGUAAAGCAUGCGGUAAAUCUUUUACUCGUUAUUCAACUCUUAUUCAUCAUCACAGAAUUCAUACUGGAGAGAAACCCUACAAAUGUGUAGAAUGUGGCAAAGCUUUCAAUUAUGGUUCAAAUCUUACUGAGCACCAGAGAAUUCAUACUGGAGAAAAACCCUACAAAUGUAAAGCAUGCAAUAAAUCUUAUACUCAUUCUUCAAGUCUUAUUCAGCAUCAGAGGAUCCAUACUGGAGAAAAACCUUACAAAUGUGAAGAAUGUGGAAAAGCCUUUUACCUUAGUUCAACUCUUUGCCGACAUAAGAGAACUCAUAGUAGAAAAAUUCUAUAGAUGUAAUAAAUAAAGAAAGCAUUUUAUCAGAAACAAAAGAAAUUGCAAGAAAGAUCCUAGAGAAAGAAACUUUACAGAUGCAAUAAGUAAGGGAAGUAUUUAAUUAAAAUUCACCUAAUUGUAUCAAGGGAUUCACAAAAAAGGAUUAAAGCAGACACUUUAAAACUUUACACCAAACCAGAGUAUUUAUUACAGAGAACAAUCUAAAGUCAAAACAGUUAUAUAUGGCUCACGCCUGUAAUCCUCGCUCUCUGGGAGGCCGAGGUGGGCGGAUUGUUUGAGUUCAGGAGUUCGAAAC